AUGAGUGCUCUUGACCUUGAUCGUGCCCACGAUGGCGUCACCAACCAACACCCCCCGGAAUCAAAGGAUACAGACUCUUCUGCUGAGGCGCCCCUAAAAUCAAUAGAAACUCCUCUCAAGUUCCAAAUACCUGAAGAUUGCCGCACCUUCUCGCCUUUUCCUCGCCUGCCGCCAGAGAUACGUGCCCAGAUAUGGCAAGCUACCCUGGAGACUCCCGGCAUGCACUUUCUCAAAAUCGACACCGACUGGCACCCGGCAACAGGGCUUGGAAAAUGGUGGCUCAAAGAGCCGCUAUUCCUCCACGCAAGUAUUGAAGAUCACGAUGAGGAGGUUGAUUCUAUGGCGCUCGAGGUCAGGAGGGAAGCUCGCCCUACUGCAAUGGUGUACGGUACACUGAAGCCUCUCUACCCCACUCCACAAGCCGACAUCUCUUAUUACACGAAUCUCCAUCAACAGCUCACCAAACUUUCCGUCACAUGCAAUGAAGCUGCCGCUGUAGCUAAUUCCCUUACAAAUCGGUCUACGAAUUUUCGCCUUAACACUGGCCGAAUCGUAAGUCUCAACUCCUCCUCGGAUAUCAUCUAUCUGGAAUACGUCCCACCCGAAGUCUACGAAGACAGCAUACGCUUCAACAAGGUUCUGAACUGCUCAGGGCUCGAUCAAAUUCGAAAGAUCGCAGUCAGAUAUUGCCACAAAUGGUUCUUGGCUCAAUAUCUCCCCAAUCUGGAGCAGUUCUUCUUUGUCGAUUACCUCAUUCUACGCAAAUCCGACCUCAAUGCUACCACAGAUCGCCACGGGUUUCAGAGUAACUUGAAAGCGAAAACCGGCACAUGCAGGUUCGAGGGCGGGAACAGAAGCUACUUCGAAGCGGAUACGCAAGAUUGGACUAUCAACUCCCGAGUUCUUCAAGUCAAAUCCUGGCUACAAGAGAACUUCGUCAAAUACGCCAAGUCGAGUAGCUUGAGCGCCCACAAGAACCCAGAGCAGGUCGAGUUUGGUGUUCUCGCUUGCGAAUGGAAUGUUGAACCACCAUCAGAGCCAAAGAAGGCACUGGCGACACCGGUUAAGAAAGGAAGAAAUAAGAGAGCCAAUAGCGAGGAGCACGCCUUAUCAAGGACGAACCGACGAGGAUCGACGCCGACGUGGCGGUCAACUUCCCGUUCGUUUUUGAUGCAUGUGGCAGCAACAACUUUGAAUUCACCUUUUCUAUGUCCCUAUAAUGACUUUGAAUGGAUUUUAUUUGGCUUUUGCGAGGAGUUGAGGCUAAGGAUGAGAUUUGGGCUACAAGAGCCAGCACUUUGA